AUGGGCCCAAUCGAACAUCCCCAGUCCGCCUUGUUGCAGAGGUCAACCACCAAGCAAUAUCCUGAAGCGGUCUCCGGAGAUGGUGUGUACAUCAUCCAGGAGGAUGGAACUCGCAUUCUGGACGGCUGUUCCGGGGCCGCAAUAUCAUGUCUCGGGCACAGUGAGCAAGUCGUGAUCGAUGCCAUCGUGGAGCAAGCCAGGAAGUUGUCGUUCGUGCACGGGUCAUUCUUCACGAAUAGGCCGGCCGAAGAACUGGCACAACAUUUCAUCAGCCUCAGCGAUGGCGCAUUUUCGAAAGCAGUCUUCCUGAGCUCGGGUUCGGAGGCUAUUGAAACGGCGAUAAAACUGGCCAGACAUUACCACCUCUGUAAACAACAACCGAAACGAACGAAAUACAUUGCCCGUUACGGCUCGUACCACGGAAACACCAUCGGAGCCUUGUCAGCCAGUUUCAAUCCAGUGCGGCGUGAACCCUUCGAACCGAUUCUGUCGCCAGUGUUCCGCCAUGCGAGUGCUUGCCACUACUCACGCGAUGGGCUACCAGGAGAAAGGGAGGACGAUUAUGUUGACCAGUUGGCCUUGGAAAUGGAACAGCUGUUUAUCGAGGAAGGCCCAAGUACGGUUGCCGCUGUCAUCGUCGAGCCGGUUGUUGGUGCCACCCUCGGAGCCGUUCCAGCCGCGAAAGGGUACCUCCGUCGACUGAGACAGCUCUGCGAUCGCUACGGAAGUUUGCUCAUCUUCGAUGAGGUAAUGUGCGGCUUGGGACGAGUCGGCACUACCCACGCAUGGCAGUCUCUCGGCGGAGUGCAACCUGACCUGCAGACCAUCGGCAAAGGUCUAGCUGCCGGCUACCAGCCAAUCUCUGGAGUCCUGAUCAGUCCUACUGUCGCCGAUCAGCUGGAGCAGUCCUCGAAAGCCAAUGCUUUCCGGACAAUAGACAAGCGGGAUCUCCUCGGUAAUGUGAGGAGAGUUGGAGAAUUGCUUGAAGCCCAGCUUCGCUCAAGAGUGCCGUGCGUGGGCGAGGUUCGGGGUAUGGGCUUGUUUUUGGGGGUGGAACUUGCUGGACCGAUGGCAUCGAGAGUCACCGAUGCAUGCUUGGAGCGAGGUGCAGCGGUAUAUUUGUGCUCGCCGGUGGUGAAUGCUAUCAUAUUGGCACCGCCGUUCAUUCUCACGCCGGAGGAGGCGCACGACCUGGUCGAGAUGAUACGGGAAGCUGUGCUUGCGGUGUCAAGUAAUGACAAUGUCAAUGCUUGA